CCGUAUUACGGGUAAAAGUAGGCGGGUCGGAAUAAUGUCAAAUGUAGUGACAAGAAAUUGUGAAGUACAGACAGUUGUAAACACCCGUUAGUGAAGCUGUAAAAGCUGUCAUUUUCGUCCCUUGCCUUGUUCUAUGGAAGCAGCUGUGGGCUGCCCAGAGAAGAUCAUGCCUUGUCAGAAUCAGCAGUCAACGGCCUCAACGGAAGAACAGCAGCGUGUUACCGCCAACAAUCCGAAACUUAUUCGGUUUAUUAGUAAUGGAGCAGAAACGUUCGAUGGCUCCCAGGAUAGUGGAUUAGGUGAUCCAGCGGCUGGAGACGACACGGUGUGGCAAGACCUUACCCCACGACUCAAGCUGUUACCUAUGAACGACCAGAUCCGGGAGUUACAGACAAUCAUCCGGGACAGGACAACCAGCAGAGGGGAUUUUGUGUUUUGUGCAGAUCGCUUGAUACGAUUGGUUGUAGAAGAGGGACUGAAUCAACUACCUUAUACAGAAUGCACAGUGGUCACGCCAACAGGGCACAAGUACGAAGGAGUGAAAUUUGAGAAGGGGAAUUGUGGUGUUAGCAUAAUGCGAAGUGGUGAAGCAAUGGAACAAGGCUUACGAGACUGCUGUCGAUCCAUACGAAUAGGGAAAAUCCUGAUCCAAAGUGAUGAAGAGACACAAAAAGCCAAAGUUUAUUAUUCAAAAUUUCCACCGGACAUAUACAGGAGAAAAGUUCUGCUUAUGUACCCAAUAUUAAGCACUGGAAACACAGUAAUCGAGGCAGUAAAAGUUCUAAUAGAACAUGGAGUCCAACCCAGCCAUAUCAUACUUCUCAGUCUGUUUUCAACUCCACAUGGUGCACGAUCAAUCAUCCAUGAAUUUCCAGAUAUCACAAUUUUAACAACAGAAGUUCAUCCCGUGGCACCAACACACUUUGGGCAAAAAUACUUUGGAACAGAUUGAACAGUAUUCUUCCUGUGAUAAUCCACAGUAUGUUGUAGUCUGCAGUGUCUCAUUUUAAAACAAGCCAACAGCAAGUGCUUCUAGUCUAACACUCCUGAUGCAGUGUGUGCAGAUAGUUUCAUUUUAAAGUAUUAAUUUGUCCAUUUUUUUUUAAAUAGAGGCCAGAUAUUUGGGAGUGGCACAUUCCAUUUACUACAGAUGCUGAACAGUUGUAAGAGUAACCUGAUGGGCAUUCUCUUAUUUAUCUAAAAGACGUUUGUAGUGUAUACUUGAAUGAGUAAGAUGAAAAUAUUUUUAUGGAAAAAAACUGGCUUUUUUAUGUUACUGCUGAGCAGACUUUUUGCCUUCUGGGAUGAAUAUAUUGUUUUAGUCAGACUCCCCCCCCCCCCCCCGACAGUAUUUAGCAGUAGGGCUACAUGGAAACUUUGCAGCCCAUGGAAAGCUCAUUUUAUGACCAUCAGCUUUUAAGUAUUUUAAUAAAGCACAUAAGUAUGUGUAAAAAA